CAUAAAAAUCGUUCUAUAUUCUCUUUCAAAAGCCAUCUAUUCAAAGCAUUAUAUUGUAGUCUUGUAUAUUUGUCCAUAUGGAACAAAAACCCCACAUAGCUCUUCUACCAAGUCCGGGGAUGGGACAUCUCAUCCCUCUUGUAGAGCUUGCCAAGCUACUUCUUCUUCACCACGACUUCCAGAUCACAUGUAUCAUUCCCGUACUUGGGUCUCCAUCCAAAGCUAUGAAAGCAGUCCUUCAAGCCCUCCCUACUAGCAUAGAUAACGUCUUUCUUCCUCCAGUGAUAUUGGAGGAGGAGGAGAUCAAAGGCCUAAAGCUUGAAGUCCAAGCUAUGCUCACCUUAACUCGUUCACUGCCACCUCUUCGUGAUGUGUUAAAGUCUACUCGAUUUUCUGCUUUUGUAGUCGAUCCUUUUGGGAUUGAUGCACUAGAUAUUGCUAAGGAACUCAACAUCUCACCCUACAUUUUUUUCUCCUCAAAUGCUUUUGCGCUGUCUUUGGUUCUUCAUUUGCCAAAGCUGGACGAGACAGUUCCAUGCGAGUAUAGAGACCUACCAGAACCAGUAAAACUUCCAGGGUGCAUACCUAUUCACGGUCGAGAUCUUAUAGAACCGGUGCAAGAUCGAACAAGUGAGUUGUACAAAAUGUUUCUUACCAACGCAAAACGGUACCGAUUAGCUGAAGGUAUUAUCGUUAAUACCUUCAUGGAAUUGGAAGGAAGUGCUAUAAAAGCAAUGUUAGAGGAAGAAGCUAAAAAUCUCCCACUUUUUCCAGUUGGACCGAUCCAAAGUGGUUCAAGCAAUCAGGUUGACAAGUUAGAGUCAGACUGUUUAAGUUGGUUGGACAAUCAACCACAUGGCUCUGUCUUGUUUGUUUGUUUUGGGAGUGGUGGAACCCUCUCAUAUGAACAAACCAAUGAGCUAGCCUUAGGAUUGGAAUUGAGCGGCCAAAAGUUCAUAUGGGUUGUAAGAACCCCAAAUAAUGAAUCAGCUGAUGCCACAUACCUUAGUGACCAAACUCUCGGCGACAACCCUCUUGCUUUCUUACCAAAAGGGUUCGUAGAGAGGACUAAAGGGCAGGGUCUAGUUGUGCCCUUGUGGGCUCCACAAGCCCAAGUGCUUAGCCAUGGCUCCACGGGUGGAUUCUUAACUCAUUGUGGUUGGAAUUCGACCCUAGAGAGUAUCAUGCAAGGCAUACCAUUAAUUGUAUGGCCACUUUUUGCAGAACAAAAAAUGAAUGCAGCAUUGUUAGCUGAGGAUCUAAAAGUUGCACUGAGACCAAAAACUAACAAAAAUGGUCUAAUUGAUCGAGAGGAAAUUGCAAAAGUUGUAAAGGGUCUCAUGGUUGGAGAAGAAGGGAAGAAAGUUCAUAAUCGUAUGGAAGAUAUAAAGAUCGCUGCUGAGAAAGCACUAAGUGCAGAUGGCUCUUCUACAAAGGCACUCUCUAAAUUAGCAACCCAAUGGAAAAAUCAUCCUGACUUUUAGAACAUGAUACUUUUCUUGCUUUUCAAUUAUAUUCUUCAGUUGUUUUUCUUUAUGUUGUCUAGUCUUAAUUUCUUAUUUUGUCACUUUAUCAUGUAUUGCAUAUUUAUAUGUGCCUUUAUAAGUAUAGCGUUUGCUUUUUAGAGGUGGUA